AUGGCUCCGUAUUCACAGAUCAAUGAAAUAAGUGACUUAACAUGCGUAGAUAAUAAUAGUCCAGCCGAUCAAUGCUUUCAUUAUUUGAUAUUAAGUGUUUUUUGGUCACGAGGUUUAGGAUUACUAUAUCAAUUGCAAGGAAAGAAAACCAGACCACAUUUGGUAAAUCAAGAUUAUUGGGCAAUCCAUGGUCUUUGGCCAGCUGUCAUAAACGGAAAUGUGCCAAGAAAGUGCAUUGAUCAAAAUCGUAGAUCCCAAUUCAAUGCUAAUCAUUUUAAAAAUCGAAGAGACAAUCUUUAUAAAACUUUGGAGAACAGAUGGUUCAAUAUCCUUGAUAUUCCAACAGAAAACAAUGCAAUUGAAAAGUUUUGGAGGCAUGAAUAUGACAAACAUGGAUGUUGUGCUGCACGAGCUGAAUCAAUCACAAAUGAUGUUGGCUACUUUAAAAGCGCUAUAAAUAUGUAUAACAAUAUUAAUCCCUCUACUGUUGUAAAAAAAAGUGGUCUCGAUAUUGGUCAAACUGCUUUAUUAGGAACCUUUUAUGACGCAUUAAUUCAGAACAUAGGAUCAAAAGUUAAAAUACAAUUUGUGGAUAAUCGAGCUGGUACCGAGAAAUAUUUAACAGAAAUUAGAGUAUGUUAUGAUUUGAGCCUCAGAAAAAUAGAUUGUCCAGGAUAUCACGGACCAUCAUCCAUUGACAGAUCUUUUCCACUACGUCUUUUGUCACGCAUGCCUUAA